CUUCCUGGUCAUCAUCAUACCCAUGACCCGGACAUGUUCGUUGCACUUCUGUCUGCCUUAGGUUCGAUCUUGUCAAUGAUUUUUGUGGACAGACGCCUGGAGGAGCCGCUGCGUGACAAGAUCAACCUCACAGGAUUCACGCGCAUCGACGAAGAAUGCAAGAAGGAGAUGAAGUGUGGCAUGCCCUGCUUCAACCACCGCUGGUGUGCCGCCGUGGAAGAUGCCCACUGGCUGCCCCGCGAUGAGCUCGUCGAACUGCCCGAUGUCCCCACCGUGCUGGAGCUGCUGAACAAAACGGUUCUAGUGAGGGAGUUCGAUACACGAGUUCGAUACGACUUCAAAGUGUCGGGUCCGCCUAGGAUGAGUCUGUUCCUGAUGCCCCUUGAUGGGGUGAUGAUCCUAGAGUGGUCCUUCCUAAUGGGAAUGCUGGAUAACCCGGCCAUCUACAAACCACCGUAUCACAUCUUCUUUGGCUACGGUAGCGACGACUCACCAGUUGAAUUCUACUUCGAGCUGAGGAAAGACGAUGCCAACUUUGACGUGCCCCUGUUUAAGCUGGGCGUCUCCGGGCAUUACAUGAGCCACCUCAACAAGCGGGAUGCGGCCACCCAGAAGUUCCUGGAUAAUCUUCCCGAUUUCGCCCAUCCCAUGGAGUGGCCGACCUCUUACGAGCGAUAUAUAUUCUGAGAAUUCCUAGUGUAGGGUUGUGCUAUGUAAAUAUGUAUGAAUAAACGAUU